AUGAGCGCAAAUACUUCGGAUUCAAAUAUCAUACCGAUUUACAAAUUAUAUUUCGAUGAUAUUGAAGAAAUCUUCUUCAACACAGUAUCAUUCAAAUAUUUGUAUAUAUCAACAUUUGUUACCGUUUUCCUAACGAUAUUCAGUAUUAUUAUAUUGUUCUAUCGAUCUCGGACGAUAUUUUUCCCAUGUCUCAUUCCGUUCAUCUAUUCGAUGAUCUUCUACGAUAUAAUUCAAUUAAUAUUCAUCAUUCUAUUGAAGUUCAAUUUAAUCAUGAUCCAAGAAAAGUACUUCAGCGGUUUUUGUCGAUGGCCACACUAUUUGAAAGCAUCGUCGGAGGGCGGACAAUGUUUAACACUCAUAUUUAUCUAUGCAAUACGCUGUCAGAAAGUUCAGUACUUUCUCAAACAUCACUCAUUGCCGAACUCGAGUCGAGUACAUUCCCGGGCGCUGACAUUAGUUUGUUUAUUGGUCAUUGUAUACAUUAACAACUGGAUCACGCAUUUGAAAGUUGAGAAGAUUCACUUGGUAAUGUUGAACCGGUGGAACUCGGAGGUUAGUAUUCAAGAGUAUCCCAUGCCGUUGUAUCAUAUAAAUGACAUGAAAUUGAACGAUUAUUCGAAAUUCUAUGCUGAUCUGGAUAAAUAUGCUCGAAAUUAUCAAAAAUUACGGAUUAUACCAACUAAUCCGGAAAAGAUUAUUCACACUCAAAAGGAUGAUUCGACUUUCGAGAUACUUAUCAAAGUUCCGUAUAAUUUAUUUAGCCCGCAAAAUUCUACAUAUAAAAACCGAACCCGAAAGAAGCCGAAAAAAAUCCAUCGGAAAUUCAAUAAAUCCCAAAUCAAAAAUAUGUCCUAUCGAGUACAUCGAUGUACUUAUGGCCAACGAAAUUAUUUCUUAGCCAAUUUCAUCACUCUAAUUCAUUCAUUCUUCUACCUUUCGAUGAUUGUGUAUUAUCUAAUAAGUGUCAAUCGUUAUCAAAUUCCAUCAAUGGAUAUCGAAUAUCAUCGAGCAUUGUAUGAAAAAGCGCUUGUUCUCGAGCAAAAUAAAUGCGCUGAACGACAUAGACAACUGAUGUUAUUAGCAUACUUACGGUAUUUUCAAUAUAUCAUUGUUUAUUGCCAUACGACAUUCAUUCUCAUCCGUCUGGUGUACAUAUGUUCGUUGACGAUACUUUUAUACUUCGUGUCAUCACCGUUCAAAUGGCUACCAGUCAAAAUGUUCUUUUACUCGCUGUUCUGUUUGGUUUAUUACUCCAUUCCAGUUCGUUUAACCUUCUUAUUUUUCUAUUUGUCUUUCAGCAUAUUUUCAUCAUAUAUUUCCUCAAUAUUUCAUUAUAUUCUUCAUACAAAGCUGCGUUUUUCAUGGAGGCUUCGGCGGCCGACUAUCCAUUUUCAUCUACGCUUUGUUCCGUAUCAUCAAAGUGAUGGAAAUUCAAAUGAACAUUCGAAAAAUUCUUUUACACUCGAUCUAACAUCAUCAGCUUAUGAAGAACAUUCAACUAGUUAUCCGAACGAGUCAGUUGUUAUCUAUGACGAUAAUACUAGUAGUCAAAAUGUCAUAACCACAAGUAAUUUAACAAGUCUAAAUCAAUUUCAACAAACUUCACUGUGA